AUGGAUUCAGGAAAAAAGACUGAAGAUGGGACCAAGUGCCCCAAUCCUUUCAAAAAUAUUACAUUUAGCUCACUAGACCUUAGUGACAAUGGCUGGAGCACAGAGAGAGAGUCCAGUAUCUCUACAACCAUUAAAGGGACUCAAAUAAAUCCUUUAAUAUUUAGCAUUCCUAUAAUGGGUUCAGGAUUUGGCUUUGAUAAUUUAAAAAAUCCUAAUGAUUCUACUUUUGCAGGACUAGGAAGAAGUAAUCUAAGGUUCUUUAAUAUUUCACAGGGUUACAUUUUCUCUCUCAAUUCUUUAGUCUUUCAAAGUCUUGGCAAUCUGGAAUCUCUGAACCUUUUCAAAAACAAGAUAAAUGCAAAGGUAGCAUUUUUUGGCUUGGGCAACCUAAAAAUUCUCAAUCUCUCAAGUAACCUUUUGGGUGAGUUGUAUGAUUAUACUUUUGAGGGUCUGUGUGGUGUAAUAUAUAUAGAUCUACAGCAAAAUCAUACUGGGAUGAUUUGUGACAAAUCAUUCAGGCAUUUAGUCAAUUUGAAAAUAAUUGAUCUCUGAGACAAUGCCAUUAAAAUACUCCCUUCCUUUUCACAUCUAACCUCUGCCUUUUUAGGUGACAAUAAGCUAGUAUCUCUAAGUAACAGAGCAAUAACUGCAACACACCUUGAACUAGAAAUAAACUGGUUGGCAAACCUAGGUGACCGUAUGUAUGUUCUUUACCAAGUUCCAGAUCUGCAGUAUAUCUUCCUAAAACAGAACCAGUUCUCUUACUGUGUGAAGAGUGCUAAUGCUAUAGAAAACAAUCAGUUAGUAUCUAUGGAUCUAGGUGAAAAUACGUUACAGCUGGUGUGGGAGAGAGAUUUAUGUUUGGAUGUGUUUGGGGCAUUGCCCAAACUUCAAGUUCUACAUCUGAAUAACAACUACCUCAGGGCUCUUCCACAGGAGAUUUUUAGAGGUCUAACAUCUCUUAAAAGACUUAACCUGGCUUCCAAACUGUCUCAUCUUUCUCCCAGGCUUUUCCCACAAAGCCUAACAAACCUAAACUUAUCUGGAAACCAGGUGUUUUCCCCUGAGCCUGAAGUCUUUAUGACUUUGAAUGUCUGUGAUUGUGCUUUAAAGAGCCUACUAGUGUGGCUGAAUGAAACCAAUGUAACCCUGGCUGGCUCCCGGUUUGACAGGUACUAUGUGUACCCUCCUGCCUUUGAAGGGGUACCCCUGUCAUAUAUGACAUAUGAUGGCUGUGAUGAAGAUGAACUCCAGCAGACACUCAGAUUCUCACUCUUCAUCUUCUUCUUGGUCAUUAUUCUCGUGUUUCUGGUGGCAGUCAUAAUUUUUACUCGCUGCCAGAGGAUUUGUUUCAUCUGGUAUAAAACCACCACAAAAAGACUGAUAGACAACCAACCAUGAGCAGUAGAUAAAAGUGAAUACAAAUAUGAUACAUAUCUGAGCUACAGCAAAAAUGACUUUGAAUGGAUCCAGAAUUCUUUGCUAAAGCAUCUGGAUUCACAGUAUUUUGAUAAAAACAUAUUUACUGUUUUUAUCAAAAUUUACUGUGGUGGUUGCUGGGGUCCCAGGACGAGGAAAGAGAUGAGGAAUCUGACUUGA